AAACCCUCCUUGCCCAGAGAGAUACGGAGAGUAGUGAGAGAGCCCAAGCAAAAAUGCAGAUAUUCGUUAAAACCCUGACGGGGAAGACCAUCACCCUCGAGGUCGAGUCCAGCGAUACAAUCGACAAUGUUAAGGCCAAGAUUCAGGACAAGGAAGGUAUUCCCCCGGACCAGCAGAGGCUGAUCUUUGCAGGAAAGCAGCUUGAGGAUGGCCGUACGCUCGCGGAUUACAACAUCCAGAAAGAGUCAACCCUUCAUCUUGUUCUGAGGCUUCGUGGCGGAAUUAUUGAGCCAUCUCUGAUGGCAUUGGCCAGAAAAUACAACCAAGAAAAAAUGAUUUGCCGCAAAUGUUAUGCACGCCUGCACCCACGUGCUGUCAACUGCAGGAAAAAGAAGUGUGGACACAGCAACCAGCUGAGGCCGAAGAAGAAGAUCAAGUAGAUUACUGAAUGCGAGGAAGAAUUGCUAUUCAUUGUCUUUGGUCAAUGGAUCUCUUAUAUGAAGCUAGCUUGGUAGCAUCGAACAGUUUGCUAGCAACUCCUAGAAAUCAGACAUCUAGCAAUGUUACUUGAUAUGAUUUUCUACUUUGACAUUGAGCUAUUCAUUUUUUAUGAGUUGAAAUUAAAACCUAUUGCUUUGCUAGUUAUGUGUGGGGCUGCUGCCUUUGUUUUUGUCUUUUUCCUCUUCAAUUUUGAGACGUUGGAAUGAAGCCUUAUUUAGAAUGU